AUGGCGAACACUGAUCAACAGAUCCAAGCAUUGGCUAGUCAAGUGCAGCAGCUGACGGCCCAGCUUUCGUCACAGCAGCAGGAGCUGACCAACAUGCGAGCUGCACUAGAACAGCAAGCGCAGGCGACCAACGCCGCUCUAAUUGUGGCGCAGUCGGCCGCCGUUGAAUCCCAAGUUGGUCAAAGUGAUUCUGAUUGGGAGCGAUUCAAAUUCGGUUUCACAUCGUGGAUCGGUACUGUCGAUCCUGAAUAUCCCGACCUUCUCAAGGUAGCCGCCGCGCAAACAGACGAGAUCAAUCCUGCCGAGAUGAUCUCACCUGCGAAAGGGUUGUGCACAGACCUGUUUGCCAUUUUGCUACGCUUGUGCCAAUCCGGCGAGAUCCCAGCCAUGGCGAUGCUUGUGCCAGACAGGAAUGGGUUCGAACUGUGGCGCCGCAUGCAUGCCCGUUUCGAGCCGGAAAAUAAACACAAGUUUUAUGCGUGGCUCCGGGCACUUUCCAACCCUGUUUUCCCGAACAACGAAUCCCAAUGGCAGCGAGGCCUUGAGCAGUGGGAAGGCGAAAUCGCCAAGUACGAACGGGAAUACAAGAAAACGUUCGGUGAAGAUCUGAAGCUCGCGAUCUUGUCCGAAGUCGCUCCGAAGACGCUUGCCCCACUGAUUGCCAUGCAUUCUGCCCACCUUACCACCUAUAAGACGCUUCGGGAGUUCAUUGUGCAAUAUCUGAAGUCCAAGAACCUUUGGAAGCGUGGUGCCGGAACCGCUUUCGGCACACAGUUUGCAUCACCAGCAGCCCCAUUCUCUGGGCCAGCACCCAUGGAGAUUGGGGCGGUGGAAGCAGACAACAGGUCAAAACCGAAAGGUGAUAAGGGUGGUAAGAGUGAUAAGAAGGGUAAGCCCGGUAAAGGUCCAAAGGGUGCAAGCAGCAAGGGCGACGGUAAGGGCAAGGAUAAGAGCAAGGCUGAGGUCAGCAAUGCCAACGCCACCAAGGGACCUCCGUGUGCAAUUUGUGGUCCCGAGAAGGGGAAGAACCACACCACUGAAGCGUGCUACUUCAAUGCUCGCAGCUUUCUGAAAGGAGACGGCAAGGGCAAGCGCACACCGACACCAGGUUCAACUAAUAUCGCCGCGGUUGAAGGGACAGCGUUUGACAAUAGCGACCUGUCCAGUACCAUCGCGUCCUUGCAGCAGCAACUUGCUGCUCUUCGGCUCAGCGGCGCAUCUUCAGUGAGUGCCUCGUCCACGUCGUCUGCCAACGUCGGCCGCAAAGGCCAAGCAACCCAGGGCGCUAUUUCACAGACGGAACAACCCAUGUUGUUUGCAGUGGUUGAUGCCGAGGUUGCCGAAGCCGUUUGUUCCACGGUGCAUGGUGACGGGAGACAAAAGAAACUCGAUGCAUCAAAACGCAAGCAGUUGUGGGCCAUCAACGGAACGCCCAUACAGCAGCAGGGCGAACUUGCAGCUGACACUGCCCUCUCAGCAACUACUGUCGGCGGAGAGGGCGUGGAAAUCCCUGCUAGGUUCCGUCUCGACUCUACGGACAUCACCGAACCGGUGAUGGCUGUUUGUCGCAUCUUAGAUGACGCCGAUUGUGACAUGCACUUCUACCGCUCAUCCUCCGGCAAGCCGGCGCACAUCGAAACACCGGACGGUCACAACAUCGUCCUGCCCCGGUUUGGGUCUUAUAGUGCUUCGCAUCCAGCUUUCGUUGCAGCGCAACACCACGAGGACCUCGAGGAUGAUGUGUCCGCAGGUCCCGUUGAAGAGGAUGGCGUCGAUGUUGACUUGGAUCGCCAACCUGGGUCACCCAAACCACGUCAUCUCCCCGCGCCCGUGGCGCCUACAGAUGACGAGCGAGCAUUGCACAGCCUUGGUGCCGCCAUUGCAUCACUGGCAAAGCACCUGAGUCUGGACACCAUCGACAGAUCAAGAACGAAGAUGUCGAGGUGCCAGUCUUGCAGUUUGAUUACCAAUUUUUCGGCCGUGACGGUCAGCUCGUUGAAGAAGAAAGCCGUGCAGCUACAGUCCUUACGGCUACUGACACUUCCUCCGGAUGGCCACUGA